AUGAGGUCCAAGGACGUCUCAUCAUGGCCGCUUGCAUCCGCCCCUGUCCUGGAGCUGAGGAGCACACAAAGACUGGGACGUCCACAAGUCUUCAUGAAGAACACGCGGCCGGCGGAAGCUUCCAAGAAGAGCUUGAAGAGGCCUUCUUCUGAUUCAGACUCUGAGCCUGGACCCAGCGGACUGAACAAGCGCAGUCCUCCAAAAUGGCUCAAGUCCAACAGUGUGAGAGUAGAGGAAUACAGCGUUACUAAGACAGAAGGCUUGACGAGCCCUUCUUCUGAUUCCGACCCUGAGCCUGGACCCAGCGGACUGAACAAGGACAGACCUCCAACACGGCUCAAGUCCAAAAGUCCAAAAGAAGAGGACAACACAUUUAAUGAGACACAAGACUGGAGGUCGUGUCUAGAAUUCAGUCAGCGGUGGUCUCCGGAACUAUGGAGACCACAGAGACUUGAUACCGACUCAGUCACUGAUCCCGAACUCAGCACCUGGGGCCGAGUGUCCAACACGACCAGAAAGUUUGCCCGCAUUCUCAGCCGCAAGAGGAAAUCGACCGAUGCGUGCAAGAAUGAGAGCAGACCACCAAAGCUCAGAUCCAGCAGAUCAAGUGGAGAGGAGACUGAAAUUCAAGUAUUCACACGCUGGGAGUCAUGUCCAGAGUUGAUUGAGAUGGACAGAGAGGGGCCCCUGUCUCCAAAGUCUUGGGAGCCACAGAGACCAGUCCAGGAGGCCCCCAAGAGGAAACCAGACAACACCAGUGAGGACGGGACCAAUCCACCCACAGAGUCCCACAGUCCAAGAGAAGAGAAUGAAACCAGGACCUCACCAGAUAAAGUGAUCAGCAAAAAGUACAAGGUGCAUGAGUAUGUUGGAGGGGGGGCCUUUGGACGCGUCUACGCUGGCAUUCGUAUUGCCGACAAGUUUCCGAAGGGUCCAAAUGGUCGGCGACGAAUCCCAAUAGAGGUGCACAUGAUCCAGCACUUGGGGGCCGGUCCUAACUCCGUAGACUCCGACGUCACCCCUCGCCUCCUGAACUGGUACAACAUGGGGGGAACUGUUGUGAUAGUCCUCGAGAGGCCGCGCCACUGCAUGGACUUACACAAAUACCUUGAAAGGAAAGAAAGUCACACACUGGAUGAGGAGGAGGCCCGGGUUCUGUUCAGACAGCUGGUUCAUGCAGGUGCUGAGCUUGAGGCUAAGGGUGUCUUCCACCGGGACAUAAAACCCGACAAUAUCCUGAUUGAGAGCGGACUAAAAGGACCCAGGGCCAGGUUCAUCGACUUCGGCUGUGCCAUCCACUGCACGCCAGAGAGAAAAUUUACUGUGCAGCCAGGAGCUAUCGCGUACUCGUGUCCGGAGUGGUUCAGGCGCAUACCGUACACUGUGGGUCCCACCACCGUGUGGCAGCUGGGGCUCAUACUCUACAUCAUGCUCUUCAACAAGAAGCCUGUGGUUAAGAAGAAAACCCUGGGAUCCUGGAGCAAAGUCCCUAUCCCCAAUUCUGUUUCACAAGAAUGCAGAGACGCUCUGGGAGGAUGCUUGGAGAAGGACCCUGGCGAUCGCUUCUCGUUGGAAGAGUUGAAAAAACAUCCAUGUCCAGUCACAACCAUCUCUGUGAAUAUGAGUCUGAAACGCGCCUGCUAA